AUGGCACCUGUAUCAGCGUCUACAUUCGCGCCUCAAGCCAGGCUUACAUACCUCGGAGUGUCAGCUAUCAUCAGAAGGCAGCUCAGCACGAGCCGUCAUCGAUUAGAUUCUGGCUCAUACACACGAUCCGACUUCUCGAAUCAAGGCUACACAGGCUACUAUGAGCCACGGGAACCUACAGAAGGACCGCUCAAGGAUGCAUCCAAUAUCGGAACGCCACGCAUCACACCCACCAUCCUCAAACAGCACCUCGACCAAUUCGUAGUUGGUCAGGAACGUGCGAAGAAAACGUUAGCGACGGCGGUAUACAAUCACUACCAACGGAUCCAGGAGCUUCAGCGCCGAGAUGAGGAGGAAGAGGAGCAUGUAGCACAGGAAGAGCGGAGGCGCAUGUCACAACAUCCACGACAUCCCGUAGAGGAUGAGUUCCCUGGCCAGCAGCAGACAACCAUCAACCUGGGUCCACCCAACGAUAGCCAAUACCCUAGACCUUUGCAGCACAACGGGCUUGGGCCACCUCCGCCACUCCACGACCCUAGUCACCUAUCGAUCGAAAAGAGCAAUGUGUUAUUACUAGGACCAUCCGGAGUAGGCAAGACGUUGAUGGCGAAGACAUUGGCAAGAGUGCUGGAAGUGCCCUUCAGCAUAUCCGAUUGCACACCUUUUACGCAAGCGGGAUACAUUGGCGAAGAUGCAGAUGUUUGUGUUCAGCGGUUACUGGCCGCGGCCAAUUACGACGUCACAAGAGCUGAGCGCGGUAUUAUAUGUCUUGAUGAAAUUGAUAAGAUAGCCACGGCAAGAGUAUCCCAUGGUAAAGAUGUGAGCGGAGAGGGUGUACAACAGGCGCUUUUGAAGAUAAUAGAGGGAACAACACUGCAGAUUCAGGCUAAGCAGGAACGUGGCAGUGGAGCUGGUACAGAUCGCAAUCAAGGGCGAGGCGCAGGAUAUCCGACUAACAGUCCUCUAUCUGGUGGUAACAUCAACCAGCAGUCGCCCGCUCAGAAAGGCGAAGUGUACAACGUCAGGACUGAUAACAUUCUCUUCAUAUGUGCUGGGGCUUUCAAUGGACUACACAAAAUGGUCCUGGACCGAAUCAGCAAAGGCAGCAUCGGCUUUGGCGCGACUGUUCGUGCAGCACCAGACUCAGAAGGCAGUGGCAAUCAUCAUGAGACCAUCCUUGAAGGCGGAGACGAUCUCUUUGAGAAGCAUCUGCCGUACUACAUGCCGCCUGCUCAGCCUGAAGCCACAGCUACAGCCAGUGGGAAAAAGAAGCCGAAACGCACCUUCAACACCCUGGACCUUGUCGAGCCACAAGAUAUACAAAAGUACGGCCUGAUCCCCGAGCUCGUCGGCCGCAUACCUCUAUCGUGCGCACUCUCUUCGCUAGACGUCCCAGCACUCGUCAAAGUCUUGACCGAGCCAAGGAACAGCCUCCUGAAGCAAUACCAACAACUCUUCUCCCUCUCCAGCAUCGAGCUCCGCUUCACAACCCCAGCCCUCUACGCCAUCGCCACCACUGCAUCGAAAAUGGGCACAGGCGCCAGAGGUCUUCGUACAGUAAUGGAGCGUCUGCUGGCAGAUGCUAUGUACGAGACUCCUGGGUCGGGCAUUAGGUAUGUCCUGAUAAACGAGGAUGUGGCCGAGAGGAAGGCGGGUGCUGUGUACUUCGCGCGGGGUCAACAAUUACAGUUCCGGGAUAUGAUUGCGGCGGAAGAGGAUGCGUGGGAGGAGAGGAAACGACGAGAGGAAGGGGAAGAGAAUGAUUUUGAGGCGAGAGCGAGAGUCAAUUCGGAAGGUGGCGCUGCGAGGACGUUUGAGGAGUAUAGGGAGAAAGCUACGGCUGCGGGAUUUGUGUAA